GUGAAUUAACGCUAGUGUGGCAAGGUAGCAUGUUCUAUCAACACGAGUGAGUGUGGACAAGAAGAAGAAGUAGUUUGUUUACAAAAAUCGGCAAGUUAAAUGGGAAAGCAUAGGACAGUACAGCAGGAUGCGAUUUUCCUGAAGUUUAUGCAAAGUCACAAGGAUAUCGCAAGGGCAUCCUCUCGUGCCAACAGACUGGAAACGAGUUUGGCCUGGGCAGGUCUUUCUCAGGCUCUCAACGCAGUUGGCCCGCCAUGUAAAUCUGAUGAGGACUGGCGCCGGGUCUGGAAGGACUGGAAGUGCACAAUCAAGAAGAAGACGGUCGAUAGGGGCUGGCCACACAAACAUGAACCAAUGUCUUCUACGGAAGAAGCCCUCGCCUCUAUCCUCCAGUUUGAUAGGUUCGCAGAGGAUGAGUCACAAAACAAUUCGUUUGGUCCAGCCUUGAAAGAGGGCUCUAGCUCACAUUUCGACUUGCGGGAAAUGUGGGAGGAAGAUCCCGACGAUCUCUACACCUCGGCAAGAAACAGGAAGAAGAUUAAAAUGGAGUCCAGAUAUAGUACUAGCUCAAGUGAGGCUACGGGCUACAGGGAGCUAAGCUACAGGGCUUCAGGGAGCACCAAGAAGGUUAAGGUCAAAAAGGAUGAAUUGCAAGGAGAGGAACAUGCCGACGAUCCUUUACUAGAAAGACCAACAAGGAAGAGUAAAAUCGUUCCAAAAAUCAGUCAAAAACCCACCAAAGAAGAGACCUCGUCUGACAGUUUUGAGAAUAGUGCAUCCCUUAAGGAAAUUGCCGGAGAGCUACGUGCACUCAAUGAAACUACAAAGGCUGCAACAAAAUCAAUUAUGUCUAUGGCAGCUAAAAUGUGCGAGUUGAUGGAAAGAGGACUGGAGGAGCGACAACAGCACAAUGCGUUGCUUAAGAAAUUGUUGAAUAACAGAAAAUGAAAAAAAUUAGUUUUAUACGUUUUACUUUACUACCUCUGUAAACUAUAGACCACCUUAACAUAAUUAUGUUGCGUCACAACGGAACAUUAAAAAAACGCCCACAUCAACCGUGUA